UUGUGGAGAGAGAGAGAGAGAGAGAGAGUCAUAAGUGUUGUCCACAUUACCCCUUUUUUUUCUAGCGUGCUUGUGGAAUUUUCGCAAAGGCAAAGGCAGAGGCAAAGGCAAAGGCAAAUGCAAUGGAGGUAGAGGGGGCGAAGGGGGCGAAGGGGGCACAGUAAUAGACUCGGAACCUACGACGGACCAGGGACUGUUCUCGUUCUAAUAGAGGAAAAAAGUUCCUUGAAAGUCGGCUCUUCGUUGUCGUCAACAGAGAGGGGGAAGUUGCACAAAAGAAAAGAAAAGAAAAGAAGGAGACAGGGGACUUGAGAAGUGCGCGAAGAAGGAGAGGCGCUCUUCAUUCUUCACACAUCCGAUCUCUUCAGUUGUCCCAAUCAAGUGCCGAAUCAUCAAUCGACUCGGUGGAAUUCGUUGAAGUGGCGGGAAGUCGUAGACGAGAUCUGGAAUCUCAUAAUCCAACGAUUACCACCAAUCAAGCAACUAAUCAAGCGAUCAAUCGCGCUCAAUCCAUCCAUCCAUCCAUCCAUCAAUCAAUCAGUCAAGCGAGAGCAGGAGACGGGUGAUUGAGUGGAUUGCAGAGCAGAGCAAAGAGGGAAAGGGAAGAGAAAGCGGAGCGAAGCAAAAUGGCGGCUAUAGCCAUGGGCAUGGUGGUGGUCUGUGGAGCUGACACGUCAUCGUCUCCGUUGUCACGCGUCACCUCCUCGUCGUCAUUCUCCACUAGAUCCGCGUCCCACUCUCCCUCAUUAAGUCUCGGUCGGGACCGGUAUCGCGAUAGCGGCGACUUCUCCUCGUCGUCGUCAUCAUCAUCAUCAUCAUCAUCGUCAUCAUUAUCAUCGUCAUCAUCAUCACCAUCAACCUCGUCGUACUUCUGCUGGUCGUUGCGUAGACCGACGCAGAAAUCGUCAUCGUCAUCGCCAUCGCCAUCGUCAUCGUCAUCGCCAUCGCCAUCGCCGAAGGUGACGAGGAAGACGAACAUGAAAACGAGGAGGAAGGCAAUGGCGCCAUAUCCAGGAGCUUCUCUCCUAUCGGGCAUGCUGUUGAUGCUGCUGGUCGUGUUGACGUCAUUGCUGGUCUUCCACCCUACUCCAGUUAUGGGAGUAAGGACUGGCCCAAUGGUUACCUUGGUUUCGCUCUCCGACACCAAACACCACAUCAGCGAUCCGCAGGCAGAGAUGAUAAAAAAGAGUUUUCUCAAGGACGUCGAUGAUAUGGAUGCUGAGCAAGAGGAAGAGGAGCUGGGGGGAUUGCAUCGAUCGAUUGCAGUGACAGCCCUGCGGAUGAAAGACGAGCAUCUAUUGGAAGAAGAGGAAGAUGAUCCCCAGUUCACAGCAGCCGCACAAUGGCUAAGAGCAUGGGCGCAGAAGCAGGCUCGCAAACAAUAGGCGAAUAGGCCGGUGAGAAAAGCCGUCUUGAAGGUCAAUCCGGUCGUGCUAGAUCUUUUCGCUAUCUGGUGAUGGUAGCGACGGUUGCAUCUGAUCUGAAAAAUGCAGAAAAGGACUCGAGUCUUGACUGUGUUCACCAGCAACUGGCAACGAGAGUGUUGUUUGAGCGUUCAAAAUGCGCGUGAGUGGAGUGGGAGGAACGCACAGGAGAGUGAGUGGGAAGAGGAGAGAAAAGCGCACAGGAGAGUGAGUGGAAAGUGGAGAGAACAGAGGCGUAGGAGUGGGUAUGAUGGAGUCUAUGGACUCUACCGUUGUUUGGAGGUGCGACAAUCACAAAUCUCGAGACAAGCCGACCGCAAACGAUCGCUCCGUGCAAGAACGAGCACGAUGUUUGCCGACACACAGCAAAGGAGAGAUCAUGGGUGGAGGAAGGUUUUGCAGUUGUGUUCCGUACCGGCAUAGUAAGGCUGGAGGAGUCUGUGAGCUCUCCCCUCCCGUAUGUGGGAGGAGAACACUCAGGACAGGAUCGGCGCAGACAGGUGUAUGUUGUAUAUGCCUGUACACAAAGGUGAGAGAGGCCUAACUUAACUUAUCUUACUUAAACUUUUUGGGCUUUCGUUCUGGUUUACGAUAUGCAGCUUACACUCGGUGGAAGGUGGUGUGGUCUUAGAUCUGCCAACCCUGUGCAAAGGGAGAGGGGAGAGAGAGAUUGCAAGCUAUUUUUAGCCACUAGGAAUGCGCGGAAGCCAAGUCAAGCAGACUAUGUUCAUCCUCAUAUUUAUGGCACCGGACGGGAAAAGCGUGGGCGCCGUAAUUUUGAGCGCGGAGGUCCUUUCUUGCAGUGUUCAUUGAAGGUGACGACAGCUGUCAGUGGACAUGGGUGCCUGUCGCCAAUGAAAAAAAGGCCAGACCAGUGGACCUGGGACGUAUCCACACGUUCAAGACGACAACGACGGUAGCCGGGGGCCAUUUCUGCGAUUGCACGGAGCCGAGGAUGAAACCAGGGAACAACCUGGAGCAGAGCGGGGUAAGUCGCUGUUGCAAACGCAUGAGUUCGAUUGUGACUCAGGCCUGCCAGGGGAGGGUGAUGAGCUAUGCACUCCGCGUGCUAUUAGUGUCCACACCCUGAUUGAAUGUGUGUGUAGCGGACGAAAGUUUGAGGAUCAUUCUUUAACAGGAGGCCAUCCAAUCCAAAUUGAGAACAGGACACGUGUCAAUCUGCUUGGAAGAGAGAGAGAGUGUACAGUAUUUAGGCGAAGGAGCGUUGCUUCCUUUGGGCUCAGAUUGAGCUGAAGGGUCGGUGCUGGAAGAGCAGUGUAGUAUAUACGGUUCUUGGAGGAGGAGCUUUCCAUCUUGAGAGAGAGAGAGAGAGAGAGAGAGAGAGAGAGAGAGAGAGAGAGAGAGAGAGAGAGAGAGAGAGAGAGAGAGAGAGAGAGAGAGCUUGUCUUUAACAUUACUACCGUCUUCACCGGAAUAGAACGCCCGGUCAUUAUCGCUGCAUCUGGACUGAAACUUGUGCUAAAUACAGCUAUAAUGACCAGGCGUUCUAUUCGGGUGAAGACGGUAGGAUAUCGGGGAAGGUCUGAGGCGUCCUGUGCAGAGCAGAUUGAAUUUGUGAUGCUUGAUCAGAGAGAGAGAGAGAGAGAGAGAGAGAGAGAGAGAGAGAGAGAGAGAGAGAGAGAGAUUUGUGUAACAUAAUAGCAUGUGAGGGGAGGAGAGAUGUGAAGUCCGGCAUGCUUUGAGGACUGUUGCAUUGUAUGUACGAUUGAUUUUGACAUAACAUGAUUUCAUCUGUAGGGACUCGGGAGAGAAUAUAGGAAAGGCCGAUAGGUCUCAUCUUGUACAAUACCGGAGGUGAGCAGUAUUGGUUAGUCGGAGUUAGUCUGUUUGUUGUUGGAGUUUGCCGAGCAGUAUAGCACUUUAUUGUUUUGAGGACUGUAGAAAAAGGACCGCAAAAGGGCCUGACGCCGCUGACGGUGAAGGUAUGAAUAGAAGAGGAGGAAAUGUUUCUGCGAAUAUGUGUUUGCUCCUGAGCUAGAAGCAAUAGGGGAGAGACUCCAUGUUUGGUGGGCACAGGAUUAGGUAAUUUAACUCCGAGUGGCUGCAUUCGAAGUCAUGGGCGUGUACUCACAAGGAACAUGUGUUUGCAUGUAAGAGGGAGAGGGAGAGGGAUGCGAAGAGUCUGUCUAUGGUCCCUGGCUUGUCUACUGCCUUGCUCCACCCCUGGCUGCAAUCAGAGCUAUGGGCACACUCACCAGGACUGUGUGUCUGCAUGUAAGAGAGAGAGAGAGAGAGAGAGAGAGAGAGAGAGAGAGAGAGAGAGAGAGAGAGAGAGAGAGAGAGAGAGGCAGAGGGAGAGGCAGGCAAAGAGCGUCUAUUGUCACUGGCUUGUUGUAUGGGCGUUCUUACCAGGAAUGUGUGUUUGUGGGUCGGAGAGAGAGAGGGGGAGAGGGAGAGGGAGAGAGAGCCAAAGGGAGCCUAUGGCUUGAGAGGGUGGCGGAUUCGUAGAUUGCUGGAUUUCGGUCAGCUUUUGUUUUUUGUUAAUUGCUGUUCUCUGAUCGCAUCGUGGCCCCUCGAGGUUGGUCUUCUCUGACUGUUCACCCACUCUGAAUUGGGUUUUCAAGAAACACGACUAAGACGAGAUCCAUAAGGUUUGCCUGUUCAGGAAGACGUUUAUAGAAGUACAUUGGCCACCCGAUGCGGUCAUAAGGGCGUCAUUCAGAUUGUCUUCUUUGCAGAGGGCUGAGAGGUUGUGUGAACUCAUGUGAAAGAAAGCAGGGUUGCUUGCAUGACUCAGUUUUCGAAGCCAAUCCGGAAAGAUGGAAAUAUAUUCCCAUUGAACGAUUUCCAAAUUGGAAAUUCGGAAUCUUCUCUUUGCGCUAUGGAUCCUUCUACCACGUAUGGAGAAUUGCAGCGCAGUCGCUCUUCUGAUCUUAUCCCUCCUUAGUUUUACGGUGUGCCGUAUGCUGUCACAGGAGGAAGCUGAGAAAUGUCAGUGCUUCUGCCGGAAAUCCAAUGUCUUGGUGUGUUCAUACCCAGGCUAGGUUAGGGGAGAGGAGGAGUAGACGGGGGAGAGGAGGAGGAGGAGUAGAUGGUGUCCAAGAGCUUGCUCCCAAGCUGAAGUGGAAUCCUUAGAAGAGCGCCUAUUGGUCGGCGAAUAGUUUCAUCUCGCACAAGCUUGCUGUCAGGUCAACCACCAAGUUUGGGAGAUGAUCACACAGGGAGUGAGGGGUGUGUCUGUGUGUGGGGGGGGCGGGGGGGGAGGGGAGGGAUGCUCAUUUACGUCUCAGGUUGCUGCCUUCUGUUUGAUCCCAGAAGCAGUUUUUUCCCAUGUGUGAAAAGUGUGCAAGGCGACCUUGGGGCGACUGCCAAGGAAAAGUGGGUUGGGUGAAAACCGGAAGUUAUCGCAUCGCUGUCCGUGGUUCCCUUGUUGGAGUUGUGCAAGGAAAAGCGGGUUGGGCGAUCGCCCUUGAGGCAGGAAUAUUUCCAUGUUCCUUGCGAACGUGGGAGAAGUUGCAUGUGUGAAUUGUUUUGUAGGUCUCUCUUGUGGGAUGUCCGGACGGCGGACGCAGUGAAGUGUGUGUGUGGCGCCUGCUUCGCGUCUUGAUGGAAUCUGUCCUCUGUGCUGUCCUCGAAGAAGGUCCAUCAUCUUGCCGACUUUGACACGGAGAGAAGCUUCAUGUUUGAAAUGCACAGACAGAGGUUGAAAUUCCGAUCCCAGGACCUUUGGAUCAAAGAGGAUGCAGAUCCUGCUCGACAGCACUGUGUUUAAGAAGUCCACCAGUGAAUUGAAUUCCUUUCGGAAGGAGUGAGUUGUCUUUUCUUUUCAAUCCUCUGCGCAAUUUUACGUUUGAGAGGUGAUGAAGGCCGCAUCGGCGGGAAGAGUUUGGAUGACAAGUGUGUGCCCGUGCUCGUUGCCAUUGCACAAAGCGGAUGGAUGGGUGACCUUGUGUAACGUAUGUCCCAUUGGAAGGAGUUCCGUUGGAACUUGGAACUUGGAACCAUCUCUUGGAACUUUGGAACUUGGAACCAUCUCUUGGAACUUUGGAACUUGGGACUUGGAACUUGGAACUUGGAACCAUCUCUUGGAACUUGGGACAUGGAACUUGGAACUUCCAUCUCCAGUUCCUUGUUGUAAUGUCAGAAUAUGUAUUGGGCGUCGAACUUGGGACUUGGAGACCGUCUCCUGUGGAUGCUUUUUUGCAGCAAAAGGUAAUCCCUAUCUAAGGGGACUGUAGGGGGCCAUCAUCAGUUAUCAGUCAGGCAUAUCCCUGUGGCAUGUUUUUUUGGGUAGUCUCAUGCAUGCCCACGACUGUGGCAUUGUACUAUACCCAGAAUUGUGACUUUGGCCAGUGCAUAUCUUCUGGCAUGUUCUUUUGGGUAGUCUCAUGCACGACCGCGACUGUGGCAUUGUACUCUGCUCUGCCCAGGAUCGGAACUUUGCCCAGCGCCUUGCGAUUCGAUCCUCCGCCGGAGGAGGAGCAAUCACAAAUUCAAUGGCAUGAUCGUUUUGAUGGGUCAGACUUUGUAGGAAUCGCGAUGAGAGAGACAUAACUUUCAAAUUAGUGUUCGAGUGUCAAGGAGGACAGACUUGCUUCGAUCUUCAAAGUCGAUGACAGGAGUUGCUCGUGCGCAGAAGUCGCUAUACCAUGAUGCGUGGUGCUUUUCUCUAGUCUGUGUUGUUGGAUCGCGGCAGUUUUGAUGUCGGUCGAUUGUACAGAAGUAGGGUUCCAUAGCUAGUUAGAGUCCCAUGUCUGCAAACCAACAUUGGUGCGACUGGGUGCAGAACAAUGGUGGUCCAGUGGACGGUUAAACCAUUCUGUCCUUGGUGCGGCGCCAGUAAACUAUGGUUUACUGGAUGGUAAACCACGGUUUACUGUGGGUAAAAACCAAGGUUUACAGGAUAGGAGUCUGAAGGGGGCAGUAAACCAGGCAGUUAUGGAGAUGAUUUCUGGCUCCUGGUUUGUCUGGAAGAGAGGCCAGGGAACAGAGGAGAAGAGGAGCAGUCAGGACUCAGGAGAGUUGAGGAGACAGAGCAGAGGUUUUAAACCACCACCAGUACUUGGCCCAGCUAUCGGCCGCGGAAAAAAAGGAGUGGAAACGUUUCUAGUCGGAUGAAUUUGGGCGCUCCUGUAGUGGCCCGUACAUUCCUAAAAUCGCGGCACGUUAACGGGCACGACUCUAGGUAGUACUGGUGGUUUAAGAGAGACUGUUCCGAGUGUUGUUGUGGCCAUGGGACACUGGUGAUGGCAUGGCUGGCCGCCUUCGCCGCCUUUGCUGGCUGGGGCUUUUUUGGGAAUCGAAUCAAGUUGGUCUAUGAAA